AUGUAUAUGCAUAUGCAUCUGGAUCUAAGCGACAAGAUUGGAAUUUUGGAGGAACAUUUUUCUAAGGAGAAAAUUUAUCUUCUUACAUUUUAUCCAGGUGAAAGAAAUGUGUUAAAAGAUCUUUUUAAAACUUUAAAAAGAAAAUUGAUGGAAUGCACGAGGAACCGAAAAUAUUUUGUAGAUAGAAACGAGGAAUGGUUAAAGAGGAAUAUAACAUUAAUGAUCCAGCGAACUAUCGAAUUAGAAAAAAUGGAGUGGGAGGAUCAAGUUAAACCUUCUACAAGCUCAAAAAAUAUGGGUAGACCUCCCAAGAAAUUCGAGGACAUGAGUGAAAGAACAAAACGGAGGGUUACAAAAGAUUUGCGUGAAUCACACAGCACGGCUCAGUUGACAUUUGCAGCACGCAUGAGUCUUCGAGCUUCCGAAGCCUCUAAAGCUACUAGUGUUAUCAAAGACAUUACAACUACUUCUCCUAGUAAAGCUUUGAAAUAUAAAAGAGCUCUUAAAUCAGCUUCCAUUCUACGCCCGACAGAAAUUUCAGGUAACCUUGAACUUUCUGAUGUCGUUGAAGAUAGAAACGAGGAAUGGUUAAAGAGGAAUAUAACAUUAAUGAUCCAGCGAACUAUCGAAUUAGAAAAAAUGGAGUGGGAGGAUCAAGUUAAACCUUCUACAAGCUCAAAAAAUAUGGGUAGACCUCCCAAGAAAUUCGAGGACAUGAGUGAAAGAACAAAACGGAGGGUUAAAAAAGAUUUGCGUGAAUCAAACAGCACGGCUCAGUUGACAUUUGCAGCACGCAUGAGUCUUUGA